UUAGCACAACUGGUUUAGCCUUCCAUGGCGUCUGUUCUCACCCAUGCAGUUGCUUUAGUGGCCCUUGCUGCACUGGCAAAUGCGCAUCUCUCUCCUUAUUUCUAUGACAAUGUGUGCCCUCAAGCACUGCCCACAAUUCGGAAUGGUGUACGUGCUGCUCUCAGGAGAGAAGCACGGUUGGGGCCUUCUAUUCUUCGCCUCUCAUUUCAUGAUUGUUUUGUCAAUGGUUGUGAUGGUUCGGUGCUAUUGGAUGAUAAUGGUUCUUUCGUAGGGGAGAAGACCGCAUUUCCCAAUGUGAAUUCAUUGAGGGGUUUCGAAGUGAUCGAUGAUAUCAAAGAAGCCGUGAACCAAGUUUGCAAUGGAAACGUUGUUUCUUGCGCCGAUAUCUUAGUGGCCGCUGCUCGCGAUUCCGUGGUCGAGGUGAACUCUUUGGCGGUGUUUUUUCUGGAAAAAAAUAAAGUUAUCAAAGCAUUUUUAAUGGAAGCAUCUACAAAAUACUUAUAG